UUGAGGCACCACACAAAGAUUCAGUACCAGCUGAAGUCAGAGAACAUCUCUCUGGCUCAGGUCUUCAGCAAAAUGGAGCAGGUGGUCGAAGUGCUGAGCAUCGAAGAUUAUUCUGUCAGCCAGACAACUUUGGACAACGUCUUUGUCAACUUUGCAAAAAAGCAAAGCGAUAACUUAGAACAGCAAGAAAGUUCCCCAUCUAGUGCUGGUCAGUCGCCACUGCAGCGGCUGCUCAGCAUCCUCCGUCCAUGUCCCGCUAACACAGAGCUCAACGCCCUCGUAAGUGAAGAGCCAGAAGAACUUGAGAGUGAUGAUGAUGAAGGACUGAUCAGCUUUGAGGAAGAAAGGGUAAGACUUGUGACACAGGCACAUAAAAACUAUAUUUCACUUGAUGAGAUAAUUCAAUUCAAUCUGCUUGGCACAGUCUGCAAAAGACUUUGGUUAUGA